CUAAGUGCAGAGGAGGAAGCCCAGCGCAUUCUGGGUGCACUUCCAGCUGAGGAAAUAAGGAGGAGGAAUUCCUGAAGCCCUGAACAAGUGCCUGGGAUGGAUCCAAACUCCAUCUUGCUUUCUCCUCAGCCCCAGAUCUGCUCCCACCUAGCAGAAGCUUGUACGGAAGGCGAGAGAAGCUCAUCCCAUCCAGAGCUGGAUAGAGACUCCCCGUUUCCCUGGAGUCAGGUCCCCAGCUCCAGCCCUACAGACCCCGAAUGGUUUGGUGAUGAGCACAUCCAGGCGAAGAGGGCCAGAGUGGAGACCAUCGUCCGAGGCAUGUGUCUCUCCCCGAAUCCUCUGGUGCCAGGCAAUGCGCAAGCUGGGGUCAGCCCACGCUGCCCAAAGAAGGCCCGAGAGAGGAAGAGGAAGCAGAACCUUCCCACACAGCAAGGCCUCCUGAUGCCAGCCCCUGCCUGGGACCAGGGCAACAGGAAGGGGGGCCCUCGUGUGAGAGAACAACUUCACCUGCUGAAGCAACAGCUAAGACAUCUGCAAGAGCACAUCCUACAGGCUGCCAAGCCCAGGGACACAGCUCAGGGGCCAGGAGGCUGUGGCACGGGGAAAGGCCCUCUGAGUGCAAAGCAGGGGAAUGGCUGUGGGCCUCACUCCUGGGUUGUGGACGGUGACCACCAGCAAGGUACCAGCAAGGACCUCUCUGGGGCAGAAAAACACCAGGAGUCUGAGAAGCCCAGUUUCCUUCCUUCUGGAGCACCAGCUUCGCUAGAGAUUCUGAGGAAAGAGCUGACCAGGGCAGUGUCCCAGGCUGUGGACUCGGUAUUACAAAAGGUACUAUUGGAUCCACCAGGCCGCCUGACUCAGCUGGGCAGAAGCUUCCAGGGGCAGGUGCCAGAGGGUAGAAACGAGCCCUCACCUCCUGUGGGAGGGGCCUGUAAAGAUCCACUUGCUUUGGUUGCCUUGCCCAGGAGGGUCCAGCUACAAGCUGGGGUCCCAGUAGGAAAUUUAUCACUGGCCAAGCGUCUAGAUUCUCCUAGGUACCUUAUCCCUCCAAGAAUGAUCCCCAAACCCUGUCAGGAUCCCCCAGCAAACUGUCCCUUGACUGCACCUUCCCACAUCCAGGAAAAUCAGAUUCUUAGCCAGCUACUGGGUCAUGGAUGCAACAAUGGCCAUUGGAGUAGCAGUCCUCCUCAGGACUCAUCUUCCCAGAGGCACCCCUCCUCAGAGCCUGCCCUACGACCUUGGAGAACUACUAAACCGCAACCAUUGGUCCUGAGCCAGCAGCAGUGUCCCUUGCCUUUCACCUCUGCCCAUCUGGAAAGUCUACCCCUUCUUCCCUCGGUGAAGAUGGAACAGAGAGGCCUGCAUGCUGUCACGGAGGCACUGCCUUUCUCUUUGUUGCAUAUCCAGGAGGGUCUAAACCCUGGUCACUUGAAGAAGGCCAAACUAAUGUUUUUCUUCACACGAUAUCCCAGCUCCAACCUCCUGAAGGUUUAUUUUCCUGAUGUUCAGUUCAACCGCUGCAUUACCUCCCAGAUGAUCAAGUGGUUCAGCAACUUUCGUGAGUUUUAUUACAUCCAAAUGGAAAAAUCUGCCCGGCAAGCAAUUUCAGAUGGUGUCACAAAUCCCAAAAUGCUGGUGGUUCUCCGCAAUUCAGAACUUUUUCGAGCUCUCAAUAUGCACUACAACAAGGGAAAUGACUUUGAGGUUCCAGAUUGCUUCUUGGAAAUUGCCAGCUUGACGUUACAGGAGUUCUUCAGGGCUGUCUCCGCAGGGAGAGACUCAGAUCCUUCCUGGAAGAAACCCAUUUAUAAAAUUAUUUCGAAACUGGACAGUGACAUCCCAGAGAUAUUCAAAUCUUCCAGCUAUCCCCAGUAGCUGUUUCGGGGUUAAGAUCCCACAACGUGAGGAGUGACUGGCUAGGGUUUCCUGGGUUUGUCUUAAAGGGCAAUUUAGCUGUAGUCAUAUAAAAAG